UCGCUGUUCGUGUGCUCUCUCUUCUCUCCUCUUCCGCGCCAUUUGCUCAUCGAUCUACAGCGAUCCCGGUUCGGCGUCGCCUCCCUCCCUCCGUCGGAGUCCCCCGACAUGAUGGUCUUGCAAGCCCCCGCGGCACCACCGAAGGAAGAAGCGCUUUCCAGGCCUAUCUUGGAGCGGCGGGUGGAGGCCGCGGCGAGUGCUGUCUCUGAGGACGAGGUUUUGGUUCCGCCUUGCAACUUUGGGGUGGUCGAGCACGGCAUCUACCGAUCGGGGUUCCCGAUGCCGGCCAACGUCCGGUUUUUGAAGACUCUAAGCUUGAGAUCCAUCGUGUGCCUUUGUUCGGAGCAAUAUUCGGAGGAGGUUACUGAGUUUGCGAAGUCGGACAGGAUCCGGCUCUUCCAGUUUGGGGUCGGAGGCACCAGGGAAACUUUAUCAACUGUAACUAAUGAUAUCAUCACAGGAGCUCUUGCAGUCAUACUCGAUAUAAGGAACCAUCCCAUUUUAAUUCAUUGCAAGAGAGGAAAGCAUCGCACGGGUUGCCUUGUAGGCUGUUUCAGAAAACUACAGAACUGGCGCAUAUCCUCCGUGCACGAAGAGUAUCUAAAGUUUUCAAAUCCCAAGUCCCGGGAAUCCGACAUGAGAUUUAUUGAGACAUUCAACGUUUCAUGUCUUAUGGAAUGCGUCGUCGGCAUCAUCUACCGCUACCAUGGCUUCGGCAACCAGUCCAGACGCCUGGCUUACCAUAAAACGCAAUAG